CAUAAUAAUUAAUUGAUUUAAAUAUUCAUAGUCAAUGCUAGUGUCUAAUUGGUAAAUAAUAUCAACUUAAUUCAUCUUUUCAAUCAAAUUGUUUGUCAAAGAGCAUUGUUGUGCGUUGAACCCAAAAAAGUUGGCAGUGCUUCAAAAAUGAUGCACCAACAAAACAUCAACAAAAAUAAAUUUCUCAUGAAUUUAUGAUCAUUUUAAAAGAAACAUCUAAUAAAGCAACUUGAAUUUUCCGGCAAAGAUUCAUUCAAGUUCACAGUCAUAAAAUGGAAGGUGCUGGCAUGGAUGAUUUACCAGAGGAAGUGUUGGAGUUUAUACUGUCUUUAAUUUCUCCAUACAAGGAUUUACAUGACUGUAUGUUAGUUAGCAAGAAAUGGAGAAGAUGUGUAUUAAAUGUAGUUAAAAUCAAACAAAGAAAUUUAUAUAAAGCCAUUAAUGAUUUUGAUGUAAGAUGGGACAAAAUAACACCAACAGAGAUGGCACCAACCAUAGCUAAGAGAUACUCACAUACUGCAGCUGUACAUGAGAAUUCCAUGUAUGUUUUCGGAGGAUGCACUUGUGCAAUGACCACUUUUAAUGACUUAUGGAGAUUAGACUUAUCAAAAAGGCAAUGGAUUAGACCUGUGGCAAUGGGAACUUAUCCCUCACCAAAAGCUUGUAGCUCUUUGACUAGAUAUGAAGAUAUGUUAAUACUAUUUGGAGGAUGGGCUUAUCCCCCAUCUUACCCUCUUUACCAAAGUUGGCAUUUAUUUGAUGAGCUUCAUGUGUAUGACAUCCCGGGAAACAGUUGGAAAUGUGUAACUACCACAGGCCUUUCUCCAGCUCCAGUUGCUGGACAUUCAGCCUCAAUUAUUAAUAAUACAAUGGUAGUAUUUGGUGGUUUGCAUAAACCCAACACAGCUGUACACUGUGAAAAAUCAAAUGAAGUGUGGGUGCUAAAUUUGGAAGACUGGACAUGGAAGAAGCCUCAAAUUGAAACAGGACCUAAACCUCAUGGGAGAUUUGGCCAAACUCAAGUUGUACUUGACAAUGAAAAUAUUUUAAUUGUGGGUGGUUCUGGUGGUCCUUCAUUUUACUAUGCUGAUGCAUGGUUGUUAAAUAUGUCAGAUAAAGUAUGGAAAUGGUCUCAAGUUAGUAUAAAAGGGAAGUCCCAUGAACCUACAAAUAUUUGGAGCAAUCCAGGGUGCAAGAUUGGUGAUAAAAUAGUUGUUCUUAAUAAGAUAAAAAAUCCUGAAGUAACACCAUUAAGAUACCACUCAAAAAGUUCACCAAUAGAAGUUAUGAAUCCACCAGAUGAUGGGCGAUUAUCUAGAAUAGAUCUGGCAAAUAGACCAGCUGAUAAAGAUGACAAUGUCAAUGGCAGAAGGGGUACAUUAAGAACUCCUAAAAGAGAAGCAGAUGAUGAAUCAGCUCAUAUACAUGCCAGUAAAAAUCUAGUUCUUCAUGGACUGAAUUCAGGAGUGAACAGCAUGGCAGCAUUUAAUGGUCCCGACCAACGAAAACGGGAAGACGAACUUAAGCGAUUAGAACGAUUGGAAAAAAUGAAGGUUAAAUUUAAAACAGCUGGCAAGAGAGAAAAGAAGACUCAUUAUUUAGGAAUAUAUGUUUUGGACAUUUCACAAGUUUUAACCCAUUCUUAUGCAACAUGGUUGCCUCCAAAGAACAUAAACAUUGGACCAGAAGAAACAAUUUUAUAUACACUAGUUGAAGGAAAAUCUGAGCUGAUUAUGUUUGGCGGAAUACAGAAAGAGCCCGCUGAAAUUACAAUGGGUUAUUCAACUAAUUUGAGCAGUCAAAUUUCCAACUCUUUACAUUUUAUAACUGCUCCAAGUUAUGUUAUAUAAUUCUUUUUUACUUAGAUAAAUUGCUCAGUUACUGUUUCCAGUAAGAUAUUUUAUCAGUAUAAUCUGAAUUAUAUAUUUUUAAUUAUAUCAUGGUGCCUAUUAAUUGUUUCAAUUUAUGUGAGAUGUUACCAAACAUUUAAAAUGAUUUUUAUUGUAAUUUGAUUACAUGAAUGUAUAAAUUAAAUUUAUAAGUUUUUGCUUUAUUUUUUGUAGAAUUGAAAUAAAAUAUCAUUAUUUCGA